AUCUCUUCUCUUCUCAAUAAUCACCACAUUUCUUAACUUCUCCGGGAAACAAUAAUAAAAGAGCUACAUGGAAAUAUCCAAUGCGAUGCUUCUUGUAGCGAUCGUAACAGGGUAUUGGCUAUGGUUCAAGAGGAUCUCACGGUGGCUAAAGGGUCCACGUGUCUGGCCUCUGUUGGGUAGUCUUCCUGGUCUGAUAGAGCAACGUGACAGAAUGCAUGAAUGGAUCACCGAGAACCUCCGUGUCUGCGGCGGCACUUACCAGACUUGUAUCUUUGCCGUGCCUUUCUUGGCUAAGAAGCAAGGUCUCGUGACUGUCACGUGUGACCCUAAGAAUCUUGAACACAUGCUCAAGACCCGGUUCGAUAACUACCCUAAAGGUCCUACAUGGCAAUCCGUCUUCCACGAUCUUCUCGGUCAAGGUAUUUUCAACUCCGACGGUGACACCUGGCUCUUCCAACGCAAAACCGCUGCUCUUGAAUUCACGACAAGGACGUUGCGGCAAGCCAUGGGUAGGUGGGUAAACCGAGGAAUUAAGCUCCGGUUCUGUCCGAUUCUUGAAACGGCUCAAGCCAAAUCAGAACCAGUUGAUCUCCAAGACUUAAUACUACGGCUCACAUUCGACAACAUUUGCGGAUUGGCGUUCGGUAAGGACACACGAACCUGCGCACCGGGGCUCCCCGAGAACGGCUUUGCCUCGGCAUUCGAUCGAGCCACCGAAGCCUCCCUUCAAAGAUUUAUCAUACCAGAGUUUAUGUGGAAGCUGAAGAAAUGGCUUGGGCUCGGUUUGGAAGUAAGCUUGAGCCGAAGCUUAGGAGAAAUCGAUGAAUAUUUAGCUGCAGUUAUAAAUACACGUAAGCAAGAAUUGAUGAGUCAGCAAGAAAGUGGAACCCACCAGAGACACGACGACCUCCUCUCGCGUUUCAUGAUGAAGAAAACCGAAUCUUACAGUGACACGUUUCUCCAACACGUGGCGCUUAACUUUAUCCUAGCUGGACGUGACACGUCAUCAGUUGCGCUGAGCUGGUUUUUCUGGCUUAUCACGAUGCAUCCAGCCGUCGAGGAUAAAAUCGUCCGGGAGAUCUGCUCCGUUCUGAUCGAGACACGUGGCACUGAUGACGUCGCGUCUUGGACUGAGGAGCCUCUAGGGUUCGACGAAAUCGACCGUUUGGUUUACCUGAAGGCGGCGAUCUCGGAGACGCUCAGGCUUUACCCAUCGGUGCCGGAAGAUUCGAAACACGUCGAGAACGAUGACGUUUUACCGGACGGGACUUUUGUUCCGGCGGGAUCAUCGGUGACCUACUCGAUUUACGCGGCGGGGAGGAUGAAAUCGACGUGGGGAGAAGAUUGUCUGGAAUUUAAUCCGGAGAGAUGGAUUUCUCCGAUCGACGGAAAAUUUAUCAAUCACGAUCAAUAUCGGUUCGUGGCGUUCAAUGCUGGACCAAGGAUCUGCUUGGGGAAAGAUCUGGCGUAUCUUCAGAUGAAAACAAUCGCGGCGGCGGUGCUUCUUCGUCACCGGCUUACGGUGGUUCCGGGACAUAAAGUGGAGCAGAAGAUGUCGUUGACGCUAUUUAUGAAGAACGGACUUCUAGUGAAUCUGCACAAGAGGGACCUCGAAGGGGUCAUGAAGAGUCUAGUGGUGAAGAAGAGCGACGGUGUCGUCAAUGGUAAAUGUAACGGCGUUAUUGGUGAAGGCGUCGCCGUUUACUUAAAUACGGGAGUUGCGGUGGUUUAAGGCCAAUCACGUCUCUGAUUUAUUCAUAUAUACACUUUUUAUAUUCCAAAAGAAUACAUUUGGACAAAAAUACAGCUUGUAAUUUUUGGUCAAUAUGAAAUUGUAAGCAAUAUACUCCACUUAGUAAUUUCUUUAUGGGAAAUUAUUGUAAGCAAAUCAUAUAUAUAGUCCAAAAUAAAUACAUUUUACUUCG